AGCAUUUCUCCAGGAAUUAUGGGUUUCGGUUUUUAACCAAUUCGACCAAAUUUCAUGUGCUCGGUUAGAUCACUCCUAUUUUUUAAGUGUAUUUCUUCCAAAGCUUUAUAUGUGGCCAAUGGAGUGGACUCAUUGUCUCAAUUUUUAAUCAAAGAAUUUGAAAGAAUUCUUUCAUAUACUUUGAGUACUAGAGACUCUUUAGAUGAGAAAAUGGGUAAAGAAGUGAAUGAAAAUGGCGAUCCAAUUCCCGAGCGAUGCUUACACUAACUACUUUGAUGUUGUGAGGGUGUAUUUGCGGAGCAGAUAGCGUAUUACUCAGGAGAUGAUUUCCUUGGUCAUGCUUCAGAGAGUGAGUAGAGGACCCCUGUUUCUUCAAAAGAGGAUCUAUGGGACUCCGACACCAUUUAGGACAUUUGUAAUAAAGCUAGACUGGUCACGAGUGACAAUUGCUUGCCUACAACGAACUUAAACACUCAAAUCAAUAUUUACAGGAAAAAACAUCAGAGGUCGCAUCUCAUGAAGACUAGAUUACAAUCAUGUAUGGAGAUUCUCGAUUGAGCUUUUAGGAUUUUUGGGGAAGGUUUUAUUAUUGCAAUUCCGGUUGGGUUUAUUUUGUUCUCUUUUAUUUUGUUUUUUUUUCUUUUGAAAUGUACUUUACCUUCUUUUUCUUUAAUGAAAUUGUUUUUCUUCAAAACCAAAAAAUACUAGAUGUGCUUCUGAAAUUGGUUGGGGGGGGGGAGCAAACCAACUGAAGCAAAAAAAUUACUACGGUACAUAUGUGAAAUUUACCUUACAUUUCCGACAUUUUAAGGUGGUUGUGGUGUAUCGGAAGAGUUGUCUCAGUAACGUCUUAAUAUAGGAGUAUUCUACUAUGAUUGGUACCCUUUGUUAGGUAUUUGAAAAAAUGUUUUAUUUUGAACUUACAAUAGAUACCCACACCAAGACCUGUAUGUGGUUUUCCGUCAAACCACAACUCGAAUUGCUUGUUUUUGAACCGGACUGGAACCGUAACCACAACCGCAUAGUACUUUUGGUUCGGAACUGGAGGUUUACUAGAUCGGUUCAGUUUCCCCAAAAAUUGUGGAACCGGAACCAGACGGUUCCGGGUCGGAACCAGACGGUUUCGGGUCGGAACCUCCUUUUUUUAAUUAAUCAUUUAAUUAUAAAUAUUAUUAAUAUAUGAAUAGUGCUGAAAAUUAUAAUAUUUAAAAAUAAUUAUAGAAGCGAUACACGUCUGUUAAAAGGAGUUGUGCGCUCUCUGAGUGUGCCUGAGUGAGGUUAAAAGUAGAUUAGCUUUUCAUAACGUUCACAUUAGGAGUAAAAUAUAUUGAGUACCAUUCCUCAAUAAGUAGCACAAGAAAAUUGAACCACUUCAUGUUGAUUGCGUGAUUGAAAUAAUUCAAAUUCCUUCCUCUCAAUCUCACUCACUAAAUCACUAGGCGACUAUGUAGCACCGAUACCGAUACGCGGAAACGCGGAAACGCGGAAACGGGUACGGGGAUACGUCAAAACCAAAAAAAGUAGGAUACGGAUACGGGGCCAUAUUUAUAAAUAUUAAAAGUUAUGGGGGUGUAUUUACAUAUAUUAAAAGUUAUAGGGGUCUAUUUAUAAAUAUUAAAAAUAGAUUUUUUUUUAAUAUACUUCGUAUAUAUACAUACAUACAUACAUACAUAUAAUAUGCUAUGAUGUCUACCCAUUCAUUGCAUUGAAACAUUUUCCUUUUUCAAGAUACUUAGUAAUAAAUUCAUAAUAUUUCUCAUAUACACUAGUGUAUCUCGAAAUAUAAAUAUAGUCAAUAAGUCAUUAAUUUAAAAUGAGAAAUAAGUCAAACAACUACAAUCUUGAAAUUAAAAGUGCAAGUACCCAAUUCGGAGUAUGAGUUAAUGACUUAAUUCGGAUAUAGCCAUAUAGGCCCAUUAUUUGAUUACCAAGUAAAAUGUAGUUUUAGAUUUUAAUUUUUUUUUAGAAUUUUAUUAAGUAAAUUUUGGGAUUUUUUUUUUAAAAAAAAAGUUGAUACGGGUAUCCGUCAGGAUACGAGUAUCGGAAACUUUCAAAAAAUUACAAAAAAAAGUGGAAACUUUUAAAAAUUGCAGAUACGGCCCGGGAACGUACGGUACGGGUAUCCUAGAGUAUCGGAUACGGGAACGUAUCGGAUACGCCGAUACGCUACCCUAGGGAAGUAUCCGUGCUUCAUAGCUAGGCGACCACCGUAUACAGACACAAACGUUAUUUAUUUUCCAGAUUCAUCCCCGAGUACUUUCCACCUUUUCCCAUCUUUGUUAAGUCACAUAGCCUCAUUAACAAUAGCCUCAUCAACAAAAAACAUUGAUGCGCACCACAUUAGCUUCUUUGUUUACAAGUUCUGUGAAUGACAGACUCUCAGAUCUGUGACCCGGUCAAGUGGGUCGUAGCGGCAGACAGUGACAGAUUUGAAGAGUUUGAUGAUAACGAGGAAGAGGAAAAUGAUAUUAACGAUGAGGUGACAAGGUUAUCGAUAGAUAACGAAGAGGAGGAUUACAAUAAUUCUCCUGCAACCGAGUCCUCAAUCACUGCACUAGAGAAGGUGAAGUCCAACGAAAAAGGAGAAUGUGCGAUAUGCUUGGGAGAUAUGGAGGUGAACGAAAUGGUGACUCGCAUGCCUUGCGAUCACAAGUUUCAUGGAGGUUGCAUUGUGUAGUGGUUGGGAAGGAGACAUGUCUGCCCCUUGUGCCGUUUUGAAAUGCCGGUGGCCACCACCGCUACCGCAAUGGAUGCACCUAGUUAGGGAAAUUUCAAAAUGCAUUAUCCUUUUAUUAUGUGUACGCUUAUUUAGUAUUUCGGUCGUGCAAUUUGAUUUUUUGUGUGUGCAAUUUGUGUUAUAGAUAAUUAGUUUUCCAUUUUAAUUAUGGGUUUAUUUAUUAAUUUGGUUGUGCAAUUUGUGAUUUUUUGACAAGUGCAAUUCCUGUUAUAGACAAUUAGAUCUUAAUUGUGAAUUUUAAUUAUACAUGUAUAACAUUAGUAUUAUGAUGAUGAUGAUGAUGCAUCUUUCGUUUCGAGC